AUGUCACAACCGUCCGAGACUAAACAAUCAAUUCAUAGUGGCAGAAUGGUACUCCAUCCAUCCUUGAAGUUAGAUAAAUCAGCAGCCUUUUUCAAAAGCACUAGAGUUAGUUCAUGUUCUUAUGUGAGAAUGAAAUAAGGAAAUCCUGAAGUAAUAUCCACCAUAUCAAAGGCUGUUCCGUUCUAUGAAAUUGCAAACAAGACACCAGCAGAACACGAAACUAAAUCCACAUACACAACAUCAACAUAUGCUGAUGAUUAUAAAGUCAAGCCUUAUUUGCAUGUUGGUUCAACUAAUAAAUUAUUGGAACCCUAUCACACAGGUUCAUUCAGAUCAAGAUUACCUGAACCUGAUGCUCCAAUUCUCACUAAAAAUGCAUCUCAAGUAGAAUUAGGAGAAAGACAUUUCAAUGUGAAGAGACACUUUCUAAGCACAGCACAUAAUGUUUAUGGAAAUUUUGGUAAAUUUGGAAAUGUCACAAAUCCAGGAAUCCUAUCAGAGAAAACCAAAUGGCAUCACCAUUUAUAAUAAAAAUGA